UGCUGAAUGCCGACGAGUUGUAUUUUCAGAGUCCCUUUGCCGAAGGUUGCGCACAUCGCCAUCGGAAUGCCGUGUCCUUCGCUAUAGGGAAGGCGGUGAUUUGAGGGUGAUGAAAUGUGCUGGAAGUCAUGUCGGCAUCUUCCACCCCAAAGUCAUUUUGAUUCCCUGAUGGACAUGAGACCAAAGUAGGGCUGGCAGCGAGACUACGAGUAUCACAGCGGCUACUCAACAGCUCACACCACUAAUCGCCAGCAGCUAACACCACUACUACUCGCUAGCUGAGCUUCACGUCACUGGGCAUUCUCAAAGAUGCAGAGUGGAUGGCCAUCUGCCCAGACUGCAGCAAGGAGACGUAGACAUUAGUAGUAUAUCGCGCUGAGCAUUCGACGACAGCGAUGUUAGGCAGCUACGGUAAAGGACGCGCCUUGGUUCUGAGUCUCAUCAUGAGGGCUACUUCGGGACUCGUGCUGUUGCUGCUACUCGCACAUUCGAGUUCAGGGACCAAGCCAGCCCACCAUCCACGGCGAGCCGAGCAGGUAAGUCCAGCCAGUCAAUGUCAAAGCAGUUGUUGCUUAUCACAGGUCCUUGGACAGCAACAUCUCCGGCGUCGCGACCCGAAUGAUCACUGUUGGCACCAAGGUCAGCUUUGGUUUUACGCGCUGAAGCUCAGAGGCGAGCGAGAGGCAAUGCAAGCUAGGCUCCGAUCGACUAAGCAAGCUCGGAAGGACGUGCUGCUUGGCCAAUGCGACUCUGCCUGCACAUCGCUACAUCUGAGGAGUGGCGCUAGAAAGCUCGCACUGGGCUGCGAUGGCACUCCGGCAGUGCCGCUGGAGGACGAAGCGGCACCUCAGGCCUGGAGGGAGCGAUUUCCAUUCAAGACGGGGACCUGCUGGGUGGAUGCAGGACCGGGUGCAGAGCUGAGUGCUGUUCGAAGGACAGCAGACGUGAAUGAUGUCUUUCGAGGAGACGAGGUCAGCACGUGGAGAGCUGUGAACGCCAUGCUGUCUUUCAAACAAGCUUGCGAAGAAGCAAAAGGCUACUUCGUCAAUCCAGCUUUCGCGGCGUGGUGAGGAGGGCGUCUGACAACGAACGGCAGGAGCGCAUGCCCCGAGCCCACUCUCACAGUCCAUCCUGUGACUGGCGGUCUAUAUCGAUCCAUAGACGGACAGCGCAAGCGCCGGCUGAUUCUGAUGUAGAGGAGAUUGGCCACCAAAGUCGGGACCGCGUGUGUGCCUUUUAGGCUCUAGAUUGAAUUCAUGUCCUUCGC